CUCACUGUUGGGUUGUUGUGGAGUCUGAACAGCCCUUGGUCAAGAUGUGGAAGGUCGUUGGGGGUCUUUGGAUCCUGCUGGCGCUGGCAGCCGGCGUCAGAGCCGAAGGCCAUGAUGAUGCCGAAGAAAGUGGCGUGGAACAGCGCAUGCCUAAUCCCUUCGCACCGAAAACACGCCCCUGCACUUCAGUCGGCGAGAUGUACUACACUCGAGACAUAAUAGGGCGCUGCCACGUCUGCGCCUGCUUCGCCAACUGGCGUGGACUCUACUCCGACUGCCGCUCGUGCACCGAGUGUCCGUUAUUCCCCAAGCCGUUGCCACCAGUGCCCCCUGGACCAAUCCCAGACCCAAUUAUACCAGGUAAAAUAUUUUUAUUUUUCUCUAUUACCUACCCCCCUCCGCCACCCCCGCCACCUCCGCCAGUUCCGCCACCACCACCACCGGUGCCACCAAGGCCUAUCCCAUGGCCACCACAACCAAUUUGCCCGCACCCAAUAAUCAUCCCAGGUCCUCCCAGGCCCUACCCGGUGCCUGUACCUGUGCCGGGGAAACGGGUGUUGGUACCAGUACCGUACCCUGUGCCCUCACCGCCCGAGAAGAUCUACAUCCGCGGCCCAAGCAUACCAGUACCGUACCCACAAAAAGUGCCGUACCCAGUACCGAUCAACAGGCCGUACCCAGUGCCGUCACCGCCUAAACUAAUCCCGUACCCAGUCACCAGACCUGUGCCUGUACCUGGCCCAGAGAGACCGAUCCCGAUACCCUAUCCGAUCCGCGGCCCGCCGAUCCCUAUCGCUGUACCGUACAACAGAUACAUCACAAUCCCCGGAAGAGACAGAAUCAUCCCAGUACCAGUGCCGGUCAGCACUACCAAGUACUACCCAGUGCCAGUCAUCAUCUACAUUAGUCCGCUUUGCCGAGGACAAAGACCGUUGACUACCUUCACGAUCCCUGGCGACAGGUGCCGCAUACACGUGUGCAGGGUCAAGUACAACUACGUCUACAUUGAGUCUCAACCCAUCCCUGGAUGUCUUGGUCCAAUGCCAGGACCAAUUCCUGGUCCAAUUCCCGGUCCGAUUCCGGGUCCAAUAAUCUUUGGUGGCAGUGCAAACGCUCAUGCCUCUGCCAACGCAAACGCUAUCGGUGGAUUCGGUGGCGCUGAUGCCAGUGCCAAUGCUAUCGCCAAUGCUAACGCUUUGGGAGGCCUCAAUGGAGGCUCAGCACUUGCCGAGGCCUUGGCUAAUGCCCACGCCUCUGGUGCCCGAGGUGGCGCAUCUGCACUGGCUCAAGCCCUCGCUGCCGCUCAGGCGUCAGGCAUCGGCGGUGGAUCCAUCGCUGAAGCCUUAGCUCUAGCCCAAGCUCAAGGUUUAGGAGGAACCGCCAUCGCUUCCGCGUUGGCUCAGGCCCAAGCCCUAGGACUCGGAGGACUCUCAAUUGCACAGGCUAUCGCCCAAGCACAAGCUUUGGCUGGGGCUGGAGGACUCAGAGGCGGAAUUGGAGACGCAUCGGCCCUAGCUCAAGCCCUCGCUGCCGCUCAGGCGUCAGGCAUCGGCGGUGGAUCCGUCGCUGAAGCCUUAGCUCAAGCCCAAGCUCAAGGUUUAGGAGGAACUGCCAUCGCUUCCGCUUUGGCUCAGGCUCAAGCUCUAGGACUCGGAGGACUCUCAAUUGCACAGGCUAUCGCCCAAGCGCAAGCUUUGGCUGGCGGUGGACCAUCUUUUAGAGAUGGAAUUGGAGGCGCAUCAGCCCUAGCUCAAGCCCUCGCUGCCGCUCAGGCAUCAGGCUUAGGCGGUUUAACAGUUGCUGAGGCUUUAGCUCAUGCUACCGCUCAAGGACUAGGAGGAACAGCUAUCGCUUCUGCUUUGGCGCAAGCCCAAGCUCUAGGACUUGGAGGACUCUCAAUUGCACAGGCUAUCGCCCAAGCGCAAGCUAUGGCUGGCGGUGGACCAUCUCUUAGAGAUGGAAUUGGAGGCGCAUCGGCUCUAGCUCAAGCCCUCGCCGCUGUUCAGGCAUCAGGUUUAGCCGGUGCUACAGUUGCUGAGGCUUUAGCUCAUGCUCAAGCUAGAGGACUAGGAGGAACCGCAAUCGCAUCCGCUUUGGCGCAGGCCCAAGCUCUAGGACUCGGAGGACUUUCAGUCGCAGACGCUAUCGCCCAAGCGCAAGCUUUGGGUAGCGCUGGAGGACUUGGAAGCGCUGCUGCCCUCGCACAAGCACAAGCGCAAGCUCAAGCUGCUGGAUUAGGAGGUUUGGGUGCCGCUGAUGCUCUUGCUCAGGCUCAAGCUCAAGCUCAAGCUCAGGGAGGCGCUCUUGGUGGUGGCCUUGCGCAGGCCCUAGCUCAAGCUCAAGCGCAAGCUCAAGCUCAGGGAGGCGGUAUAGGCGGUGGACUAGCUGAGGCAUUAGCUCAAGCUCAGGCGCAAGCUCAAGCUCAAGGAGGCGCUGGUGGUGCUGGUCUCGCUCAAGCUCUGGCUCAGGCUCAGGCGCAAGCUCAAGCUCAAGGAGGGGCUGGUGGUGCUGGUCUUGCCCAAGCUCUAGCUCAAGCUCAGGCACAAGCUCAAGCUCAAGGUGCUGCUGGUGCUGGUCUCGCCCAGGCGUUAGCUCAAGCACAGGCGCAAGCUCAAGCUCAGGGAGGAGCUGCCGGAAAUGCCCUUGCAGAGGCUCUAGCUCAAGCACAAGCUCAAGCUCAAGGAGGCGCUGGUGGUGCUGGUCUCGCCCAGGCUCUAGCUCAAGCUCAGGCCCAAGCUCAAGCUCAAGGAGGUGUUGGAGGUGCUCUUGCUGAGGCUUUAGCUCAAGCUCAGGCACAAGCUCAAGGACUGGGUGGAAUAGGAGGUAGCUCUGCUAAUGCUGAGGCUUUGGCCAACGCUGCAGGUUGGGGUGGACUAGGUGGAAGCUCUGCUAACGCUCAAGCCGACGCUCUAGCUAAUGCUGGAGGAUGGGGAGGCCUAGGAGGCGGCUCAGCCAACGCUCAAGCUGAUGCCCUAGCUAACGCUGGUGGAUGGGGAGGUCUUGGAGGCGGCUCAGCCAACGCUCAAGCUGAUGCCCUAGCUAACGCUAGAGGAUGGGGAGGUUUAGGAGGCGGCUCAGCCAACGCUCAAGCUGAUGCCCUAGCUAACGCUGGUGGAUGGGGAGGCCUAGGAGGCGGCUCAGCCAACGCUCAAGCUGAUGCCCUAGCUAACGCUGGUGGAUGGGGAGGCCUAGGAGGCGGCUCAGCCAACGCUCAAGCUGAUGCCCUAGCUAACGCUGGUGGAUGGGGAGGUCUUGGAGGCGGUUCAGCCAACGCUCAAGCUGAUGCCCUAGCUAACGCUGGUGGAUGGGGAGGUUUAGGAGGCGGCUCAGCCAACGCUCAAGCUGAUGCCCUAGCUAACGCUGGUGGAUGGGGAGGUUUAGGCGGUAGCUCCGCUAAUGCUCAAGCUGACGCCACAGCCAAUGCUGGAGGUUGGGGUGGACUUGGUGGAGGCUCUGCCAACGCCGCUGCUGAUGCCAUAGCCAAUGCAGGAGGUUGGGGAGGACACGGCGGCAGCUCAGCUAAUGCUCAUGCUGAUGCCCUAGCAAACGCUGGAUUAGGAGGCAGUUCUGCUUCCGCUUUAGCAGACGCUCAGGCGAAUGCUGGUGGUUGGGGCGGUCUUGGAGGCUCUUCUGCCAACGCUGCUGCUGAUGCCUUGGCCAACGCUGGCGGUUUAGGCGGCGCUUCCGCUAGUGCCAACGCGCUCGCCAAUGCCAACGCCAACGGGUUUGGCUUUAGAAGCGCUGAGUCCGCAGAGGCCUCCGAGGAGGCUAGGGCCAAGCGUAGCGUGAGCCCAAGGAUGGCUUUCGUCGAAGACCAUGCCGAGUAAAUACAUAGUACCAUGAAUUACAUCACAAUGAUCUCCCUCAAUGACAACGCCGGAACAUCGGAUCUGAUCAGUUUAGUUUUAGUUUGAGCAAUUAUAAAAUGACAGUCGAGUAAGCUUCACACUUUUGUAUAAAACAAUAAAUUUUAGUGGGAUA